AUGGCUAAGAAAAAGCCUAUAGAAGGAGUGAGCGAUCAGAUGAAUGCGAUUGCGUGUUUGAAUCUCGAUCAACCACCUGCUCGCUGGUUUCCAGAUUUUAAGAUCUUUCUUUCUAUGUUCUCUACAUCAUCAUCGAUCCCCAGCGGUGCCACCACUGUUCUUUUUUUAAUCGAUCGAGGUGGAAGGAAGAACGAACUGCCAAACGUCUCUCUGCCUCUAUUUCUCUUAAUUAAUGACGAGAAGGGUCACGUUUCUACUUCCUCUUUCUGGUGGGUAUUCUCUCAACAAGCGAAGCGACUUAGACACACCCAUUUUGUGGAGACGGUGGAGAAGAGGUCGCCACCUUCGCGUACCUCCGAUAGGGGCUUCGAAUGUAGGCCUAUGGGUAUAAGUAGUAUGGAGGAGAACGAUGAUAAGGGUUAUUGUGAAGAGGUUUUUGCAGACCGUAAAAGACUGUAAAAGGGAUUAGAGGGUUGUCAUCCACCGACAUCAGUUCCUCAACAUGUUUCUUUGUCAUCACUUAUGUUGAUCUCUCACUAUCAUUAUUCAUAUAUUUGAGGUAUAGUUAUUUGAUAACCAAAACGCCCCCUGUACAUAAAUUACAUCACCUUGAUAAUGAACAGAUAAGAGUUAUAAAUUUGGGGAAUUGAGAUGUCGAGGUUGGAAACAGAAGACAUAAUAAAAUUUAUAAAGUUGAAGAGGUUCAUGGAUUAUAGGAACCAAUUUAAGUGUUGCAUGUGAUUAUUCUUGAUUUUAGUAAAUUUGGUCAAUAUUCAGAAAGUACCGGUAAAGAUCAAAUUUAUACAAAAGUCAAGGAUAAUUUAUCCAAGGAAAGAACUUUAUACAAAAGAACUUUAUUUACACUAUAAAUAAUGGAAUUUUAAUUUUUGGUCUCGGGGAGGACGAUUGACAAUGAUGAGUAUAGACUAAAGGGCAACCUCAAAAAUUUAAGUACUGUUUGUAACUCAAACAAUCAGAUUUGCACCAACCACCUUAAAAGUUAAUGGAAGAUGCUGAUUAUCGACAUAUGUAAAACCAUUACUUACAAGAAAGAUGCAGCCACCAUUGAAGGGAAUAAAGAAAAAUUGAAGGCAUUCAAGAAGCUUAGAUAUGAUGUUGGCAGGUAAAGGAGGAAACAUGGAGAAAAUGUGAUGUACCUUUAACGUAAGAGGACAAAAUGGUCAUAUAUUCAGAUGUUGUUUUCCCUAUUUUGAAAAAUGUUUGAUUCUUAUGUUUUUAGAUUUGAAGUGUUCAUAGGCAUGUUUUGUUUUGAUGAUUUUUUAAGAUUGAUGUAGAUAGUUAAACUUUUCAAGGGUUUUUUUUUUUUU